GCGAUCAGUAUUAUCGUAUUAUUAUAUGAAGUUCCCGCAAUGGCGGCCAAAAUAAGUCCAGGAGGGAGCGAACCGACGGAAGACUUGCUGCAGCAUCGUCAAGUUCAGCCUCCGAAACCAGUUUCCAGACCAGGAAAAGUCAAAGUAGUGAGAGCACUUUACAAAUACACCGCUCGAAAUGCCGAUGAACUGUCAUUUGAAGAAGGUCAGCUGUUGUAUGUCCAGGAACAUGAAACAGAUCCAAAUUGGUGGAGAGCCAAGUCAAGAUCGAACCAAGGCCUUGUUCCAGCCAAUUAUGUGGAAGAACAGACAGAAGAAAUUGAGAUGCCGCUCCACGAGGCAGCCAGACGAGGUAAUAUUUCCUACUUGAAGGAAUGCCUGAGCGAAGGGGUGUCUUCAACAGGUUUAGAUACAGCUGGGAAUACAGCAUUGUACUGGGCAUCACGAACAGGCCACAUUGACUGCGUCAGGGAGCUUUUAAGCCAGCGAAAUCCUCCGCUGGAUGCUCAGAAUAAAAUGGGUGAUACUCCACUUCACGUCGCUGCCAAUCACGGAUAUCUCGAAGUCGUCGAAUUACUGUUACAAGCUGGUGCUGAUCCUACUCUCUGGAACAAUGAUCGACUUUUGGCCGAGGAAUUGGCCAGCGAUUAUCCCAUCAAAAAUACCAUACAGAUGUAUAGGAAACACAAUAAUUUCGCGAAUCAUGGAUACAACAUAGACGAUUACAACGACGAAAGUGACUGAUGAUGUCUUUGAUAGUUUUCAUCAUUCAAUCCAACGGCUGUGAGUUGCAGAGCUUCGAUUUUCCGACGAGAUUCAAACGUAUUCCGACAUAGGUCAAGUAUAUAUUGAAAAAGUUAAAAGAUAGUUUUUCGACGACUAAUAAUCGAUCUCACGUUAAGAUAAAUCAUUAUUACGCGUAAUUAUAUCGUCUUGGAGGUGUGGGAAAAAAAUAUUUAUUAAACUUUGGUGCUAAACCAUCGA